UUGUCUGCGCGAGGUGUGAGGAAGGGGAGUAGAGUGAAGUAGUCAACAACUGCGGACAAUGAUAUAAGAAAGUAUUCAUUCUUAGUUUUAUUUUCCGUGUGUCUAAAAACCAGGCAUUAGUAAAAUGGUGCGAUCUCAUUUCCCUGGCAAACCAAGAUCUGGACAUCGCAAGCUGAUAAGCGCGUCAUCAUGUGCUGGUGGAUCAAAUGAAGCAUCCCUUGUGGCCGAAAAUAUUUACCAUGGUCUGUCAGCUUUCAACGCUACCUUCGGUCAUGAAAAUGAACAAUUAUCAACGUUCCAUGGAUUCAGUCCACACCAAGUGUCAGAUGCCAAAAAAGCCGCAGAAGCAAGCUAUAAACAUGUAGAGAAAGAGUGCGAAGCUCGAGGUGUGAUAUUCAACCCUUUUUUACCAAGCAACAAGUUUUUGAAACGUUACCAAACUGCAACAGGAUGUGGGGCAGAAAUUAAUUGUAAUAUGUGUCCUCUAGAGGAUAAGGAAAAUACUGAGAAAUUGAAUUGUGAUACUGAUUGUAGUGAUAUAAUGUCUAAUGGUCCUAUGACAAGUAACCGUAUGUCCAACAGUAGAUCGAACAAAAAAAUUCUAAGGGAAAAUUUGGAAAGUCCCGAUAUCUCCAUGGACAGCUUUUCCAGUGAUUCAGAUAUGUGUUCGUCCAAGGGGAAAUUGAAUAAUGCAAAUUCAAGAAAGUUUGUCUUGCCAUGCCGUAGUAUUCAUUCAUCCCGUGUCAUCAAACCGAACAAGAGAUUUAUGGAUUCAGCAAUUGAUGAUUCCGAAACAGCAUCUGUUUCCUCUGAAACCGGUGAAAACCAACCUUUGCAGUCAAGUAAUUUUGUACCAUUGAAAAAACCCAAACUAAUUUUUGAUGAAAACAAAGGUAGAGAUGUUUGUUGGAAAAUAGAUGCAUCAGAUGCCACAAAUAGCUCAUUAACAUCCACUCCAAGCACCUCAAGGUCACCUCUGAGCAAAGGAAUACUUCGAGAGGCCAUUUUGAAUAUUGAGCUGUCACCAAUUAAAACGGAGGGAUUAAAGUCUUCGAAUAGAGCAAAAGCAAACACUAUUGUUUGUGGAGUUUGUGGAGCUGUGCGGUUUUACAAAUUCAAGAAACAAACUCGCAAAUUUGGUGUCAUCAGUUGUGAAUCUUGCCGCAAAUUCAUUAGCAAAAUGGUCAACUUGCUCCCUACUAAAAACGCUGCCUCUUACAACGGUGGUGUUCUGGAGUGUCACAAUCAAAAAGGUCGUAUUGGAUGCUGUGAUAACCCAUCUAUUCUAAGGAACAAGGAAUGGAACUUCAAAAAUGUUAAGUUGGUAAAUAAUCAAAGAUGUCCGGCUUGCUGGCUCAACACUUGCAUUCGAAAGUAUAACAUCCCAAUAGAUAAAAGGAUAGGUUUGUCAAAAAUGGUUCCUCAAGAAAUGAGAAUCCCCGAAUUUUGUGAAGAAGCGACACUUUCAUCUCAUGAAAUCGACUAUUCCCAGCAACAAAGUGAUUCUGGUGUGACCAGAUGGCGCAGGACACAUGAUAAACUUAGUAAGCUUCGAAAAAAAAGGCAUAAAAAUGCGAUCAACUCCAUUUCUAACAUGGCUAGAUUUAUAUCAGCAGUUAAAAACCGUGAUCAAAGUAAUGAAACUCGACAAAAGAAAAUGGAGAUAGAAAGCCGAAUGAGGGUAGCCAAAAAUCUAAGGAAAAGAACGUCAACUUCUCUUCGAUCAAAAUGUACCGAUACAACUGUGCAGAAAUUAAAAAAAAAUACCAAAGAUUUAAGUAAGAAAAAUAAAAUAAAAAAGUUGAAAAAAUUAAUUAGAAGGAAUAUUGAAAAAAGAGUGGACAAUAGAGGAGUGAAUAAGGCUUCAAUAGAAGAGAGAAGAGAUAAAUAUUUUAUGAAAGGACCUCGUGUCAAGCACGUUUGCCGAAGUGCGUCAAUUGUGCUCGGCCAACCUAUGGCAACGUUCCCUAUCUCAAGUACAACAGUGUCAAAUAACAACUCUCCUAAAAGUAAAGAGAAAGAGAAUCCUCAGUCUUCAGAAACUCCACGUGCAGAAACUCCGGAACCAAGAAUAAAAGAAAGUACCCCUGUAUCAGCUAUCAGUACUUCAGAUCCUAAUGACUCAGAUGAAAUUUUUGAAGCUCCAACCAUCAAAAUAAGGGAUGUUUCGCAGAAGUCAACGGAUUCUGCUGAAAGACCUUUUGAAGAGAUACCUUUGGCCAGAACAUUGCAAGAUUUAGGAAAGCAACAAGAAGAGGAGGCAGAAAACCAAACAAUAUCGGUUGAUUUUUGGGAAAACUAUGAUCCAGAGGAAGUCUGCAAAACUGGUUUCGCACUGAUCGCAUCAGAGCCUAUUCAUGUCCCAGCCUUGUGUUUUCUGUGUGGAAGUGCUGGGGUCGAUAGGCUCGUUCAUUGCGUCAGCUGUUGUGAAGCAUACCAUCAGUAUUGUGUAGAAAUGAAUAUGCACCCGUCUAAAUUAUCUCUCGAUCGCAACUGGUGGCGUGUGGAUUGGAUUUGUCCCAAAUGCACUUUUUGCACUGUUUGCAAUGACCCUGCACCUCAACUCUGUUGUCAACGGUGUCUAAAGUCUUACCACUCUAAUUGUCUCUCUCCAAAUCGUCAAAGACCGCACCUAACAGAUAAAACUUGGGUGUGUCCAUCUUGUCUUCGUUGCAAGAGCUGCAAUCAGACUAAUGUCAGUAAAUUCAUCGGGAACCUUCCUCUCUGCUCACCUUGUUUCAAACUCCGACAAAAAGGAAAUUUUUGUCCCUUGUGUCAAAGAUGUUAUGAGGACGACGAUUACGACUCAAAGAUGAUGGAGUGCGGAAAAUGUAAAUCCUGGGUCCACGCCAAGUGUGAAGGCUUAUCCAAUGAAAAGUAUCAAGUCCUUAGUUAUUUGCCAGAAUCGGUCGAGUACAUUUGUCGAGUUUGCUGUGAUAUUCCUCCAGCUUCUUGGUGGCUUGCCGUAGAAGAAGAGUUGAAAACUGGUUACCUAAACGUCUUGAAAUGCUUGAGUAAAAAUAAGAAAGCUUGUGAUAUUUUGAAAUGGAGUCCAAAAAAACGAACAGCAGAUUGCGUUUGCCGGAGCAAUGUGAGAGUCAAGCCUCUGCGAUUUUCUGACUCUCAGCCUAGCGGAUCGAAAACGAUUCAUGAUAGUGAUAAUAAGUGCCUUAGUAAAGAUAGCUUGUGUGAUAUAAAACAAAAUGAAUUGGCCUCCAAUUUAAGUGAUAGUGACAUGAAUGAAAGUGACAUCAACCUCAAUAAAACUAGCGGCAGCAGUACUUUGAAUGCAUCAAAUCUUCUGCAUGUGAGUGUUGAAAACAACGACUGUCAGGGAAAUUUUUAUGGCACCAACUCAGACAAAACAGAACAAUUUUCUCCUCACGCUACCCAGAGUGACUCUGGAAUAGGAAGCACUGAUGAUGAAUUGAAAGCAACCUCCAGUAUUGACGGUGAAAGCAACCUAGAUGAACGCUCUUUUAGUAGUGGUCAGUGUUAUUGCUCUGGAUUAGAAACUUGGACUAAAGCAGCUCCGACUCUCCUUUCAAUCAAAAAGAAGGUCAGUGGGAAUGAGUAUUCCUCCUUGCUUCAAUUCCAUGAUGAUGUCGAAUCUGUCAUCAACAGCAUCGUUGAAAGCGAAGACUUGACACAAGUUUACCAUCAAACUAUGGCAGAAGUAUUUCCCUGGUUCGAUCCACAAGAGUCCAAAGUAUUUGACGCAAGCUGUGCAACCUCAAGCUGUGAUGUUAGCAUGGAUGAUAAUCUGGAAUUAGAAACAAAUGACAUCGCCGAUGACUUAAAAAAUGAGAUGGAUGAAAACAUCACAUGUUUGCUUGGCUAUGAAAAGGACUAUUACUAUCUUGGAAAGGAGGAAAAAGACGAGCGAAUUUGCGCUCUCUGUAAAGGCGUUAGUGAGGGGCCAAUGUUUGAGGAAGGUCGGCUUUUGUAUUGUGGUCAUAAUGACUGGAUCCAUUCUAAUUGUGCCUUGUGGUCCUCUGAAGUUUUUGAAGAGAUUGAUGGUUCCUUACAGAAUGUUCACAGUGCCAUAUCUAGAGGGAAGAUGAUACGUUGUUCUAAGUGUGCCAAGAAAGGUGCAACGGUAGGCUGUUGCACUCGUAAUUGCACAGAGACGUAUCAUUUUCCUUGCGCCCGUGAAGCAAGCUGCACAUUCUUAGAGAGCAAAACGAUACGAUGUCAAACUCACGCAGCAGGAAACUUUGAAGACAAAAUAUUAACCCGUCAAGAGGAGUUCCACAUCUCCAGGCCUGUUUAUGUAGAGUUGGAGAGAAAGAAGAAAAGGUUUCUCGAUUACCGAGCAGUGAAGUUGGUGGUUGGCUCAUUGCACAUUCAUAGCCUGGGCAAGUUUGAACCUCAAGUUUCAGAUACAUCUUUUGCCAUCAUACCUAUCGAAUUCAGCUGCUCAAGGUUGUUUUGGUCAUCCUCUGAGCCAUGGAAAGUAAUUCCGUAUCACAUCAAAACAAUUUUGAUCGAUGCUAAUUGUGAAUACGAUGCUGAUUUAGACAUGAACUACACUGUUGAUCACUCGGUUGUCAAUGAAAGUAUUGAAGAAAUUAAUCUAGCUGUAUGUGAGGUUGUCUCGUUUUUGUGCGAUUCCGUUCAGUUCAAAGAAGAAGAGAGUGAAGGACAGUCUAAUGUAAGCGACUUACUCUCAGAACAGGAUACUAUUUUUGAGGAUUUGCCGAAUGAAUUUUUUGAUGGAGUUUUCAAGGACAUAUCCAUGAAAAUGAUGUCGAUCGAAGAUCUAGUCGCAGCAGGCGACAAAGAUGACUCAAAUCCAUCUGAUUCGGAUGGCAACAACAUGAUGGAAAUAGGUGAAGAUGAUAGCCAGAAUUGUCCAGCUGAUUUACCCUUGAAACGUAAUUUUGAUUUCUCCUUAUCAAGUAGGUUUCCAAAAAUCGAUUCCAUCACGCAAACUGAAUCCGCAGAAAGUAUCUGCUCCUCGAAGAAUGUUUUUUGCAAAGGUCUAUCUUUAGAAAAAGGGGAGGAUGCUGUGCUCCAUGUGAAAAUUCAAGAAGAGUAUAAUGAAACUAAUGACAACUCAGCUUAUUAUUUAAAAGAAUCAAACUUGAAUUCGUUACGAUUACUACAAGUAGAUGGCGUGGUUGAUUGCUCUAGUUGCAGUGAUACGAGUUCAAAUAGUGAUGAGUCAGAAUCAUUUUGGCCCGAAGAAGAAAAUCAAAUGACCAAGAAAAAUUACAUUGAGGAAGCAAGGCUACAAAAUGAAUCACCUACUUAUGAAAUUCCUCAGUUAGAUGGAAGCAUUGAAAUAUCAGAUGAAACUGAAGAAAAUCCAGUGAAAUGUAGCCGCUGUCGUCGCACUUACAGGACAGAUGUCAGUUACCAACGACAUUUGUCCAGUUGUAAUGCAGAAUAUAUGUCCUCAUCAGGGGAAAGUGAUAAUGAAGAUGAAACCAAAUGUAAUUCAAUUCACAAUCGAUCAACAGAAACGAGUAAUUCUGACAUUGGAGAUUCCCUUCAUGUCUCUGAAAUAAAUCUUGUCGAUGAUGUAACCGUAACAAUGCAGAAUUCGAGUAGUAUCAACAUGGUAUCAGACAACAAAAAUCUUGGGAACAAUUUUGAAUUUACCAGCUCGGGCAAUAGCGCUAUCUCCAUUGAUCAAACUGAAAGUUUGCCAAGUAUUGAUUCAAAGAAAGUGAAUCCUACCAAUACAUUUUGUGCUUCCAUUACUGUAAGCAAAGCUGCUUUUCUAUCUGGUGUUACGUCCUCUGGAGGUCCACAGUAUGUUAAUUCCAUUAAUGGCAAAGGACGACCAUUGAAGACUUCUUUCAUGGUAGGAAAAUCAGAACCUCUCCCUCCACCUGCACAGUUUGGUAAUCCUAUCAUGUAUCAACAAACUCCGACAAUAAUGGACCAACCACAAUACACUGGAGCAUCAGUCACAACCCCCACUUUCAUACUGCAGCAAGUGCCACAACAAAUGGCGUCAGCCAGCAUCAAUAUUUCAUCAUUCGUGCAACCUGUAAAUUCAACUCCGAAUGUCCAAUACAUUGCUGCUGUUGAGUCUUCCAAUCAGCCCCAAUUUAUCGCAACGCCAGACCCCAUGAAUCCUGGAUCGUUCCGAAUACAGCAAUCAUCCCUAAUCUCACCGAUCGUUCCACAAGUUGUAGGUGCAAUAAUUCAACCUCCAGUGGAGCAGAUUGUGACCAUGAACCCUCAAGCAUCAAAUAUAGACUUUUUCGCAGCACCAAACCCAAGUAACAACAUUUUCUUGAGCAGUCAACCUGUAAUGAAUGCUGUCGUGAACAAUUCUAUUUUGUGCAACUCUGUGAUGAGCAACUCACUGUUGAACAACACUUUAGUCAACAAUCCGGUGAUGAGCAACGCUGUUCUGAACAAUUCUUUGAUUUCGAAUCCUCUCGUUAGCAACGGUUAUCAUACGAUGACCUCUCAGUUGGUUCAAUCAUCAAAGCCAGCAAUUGAAGCAACCAGCUACGUUAUCGUUACCACUAAUCCAAGCGUAAAAGACUGUUUUUCUGCACCCCUAUCAGUUCAGUCUGCUCAGUCGACAACAUGGGCUCCUUCCAGCAAUUGGUCUUUCAACAAGCAUACGUGCAAAACCACCAAAGAAGUCACAACUUUAUACCAUGCAAAAGGCGAGUUAAUACCCAACCAGUGCAAACCCAGUCAAGUAAAUUGUGUUAAAGUAGUCAAGAAAGAAACGACAGAAGAGAUGAUGAUCGAGACAGCCUCCGUAAAUAAUCCAUUUUAUGAAAAAAUAUCGGCUGAGCUGCCUACUGAUGAAAAUGUACCGGCAGAUGAAGUGUCUCGCUUGACCAAUUUUGUGAAAGACAUUCCUGCAAUUUUUAAUGCCCAUUCUCUCAAACCGCUGACCCCUCUGCCGAACUCUUCAAAUUCAUCUAUUCUACAUCAGCAGAAUGAAUCAUCAAAGGAUGUGGUGCUAGAACUUGGAACUAAAGUUCCUAGCAUAUCAAUAAGCAAAACAACUUGCGCUCCAAGCCCAUCUCAUCUGUGUACACUGACUGCACCGCAGACUGAAUUCAGAAUUUCAACUUCUAUUAGUAAACCUCAGGUGGCUGUAUGCAAGAGUGUCGAUGAAAAUGUUGAAACCCUUGAUCCCCCAAGCUCUCCUCCCUAUUCUGUUACGGAAGUUUUCUCUAACCAAAUUAAAAACUUCAGAACUUAUUCUGGAAAGAAACUUGCCUCCAAAUUACCAAUCAACAAUGUUCUGCAACGAACAGACGAAAAACAGAGAACAAACAAUAUCCUGCAAGCUGUCAGUAGCACAGUUACAUCAACAAGUAGCUCACCUCAAUAUGUUAAAAACGACAUCAGUUACUCCAACAGCAUCAUUCAAACUUCCCCUCUCAGCUCUGUCAAUAAUAUUAUCAACUCUGUUCUUAGUUCAAAAGCACCGUUGUCCUGCAAAAUUUCAUCCAAAGAGCAGGUUAAUUCACCUCCCAAAACUUUCCACAGCGAUUACCUAGCUGAUAGCAGGAUUUUAAAACCAGCCAACAAAAUUGAAAACUUGGAAUCCAAAAUCAAGAAUGGUCUUACCAAACAUGAAAACGCCCUCACAAAACCAAAAACUAAUUUGAAGAAUGGUAAGAAGUGCAAUAAACCUAAGGUUGUUUUUGAAAUUAACUCCGAGGAUGGUUUUUCCUACUCAACAACAAACUUAGCCGACGCAUGGCAGAAAAUCUUUGAAGCUGUUCAACAAGCGCGAGAAGCACGCAAACUUCCUCCACUCCCACAGAAUCCAUUCAAAAAUGCUGAAGCGAGUUUACGCACUCUUGGUUUAGACAACAAUGGGCUGAAGUAUUUGUUAGAGCAACUCCCUGGAGUAGGACGCUGUGCAAAGUACAAACCAACUUAUCACAAACCAAAACCAAACAUUGCACGACAAGACAGUCUUAAAGAGAACAAGUCAGGUUGUGCUCGAAGCGAACCUCUCUCCACUCGCAAGGAGAAAUAUGACAUGUUUAGUUGGCUUGCAUCAAGACAUAGGAGACCUCCAAAAUUGUUAAUCGCCUCGGAAGCUGACUUAAUUAAUGGAAACAGGCGAUCAACUAGCAUAAAUUUACCGAUGGCUAUGCGAUUUAGGCACCUGAGAGAAACAUCGAGGGAAGCCGUCGGAGUUUUUCGAUCAGACAUUCAUGGCCGAGGGUUAUUUUGUCUUAGAGAUAUAGAUGCUGGCGAAAUGGUGAUUGAAUAUGCAGGAGAGGUUAUACGAUCUGCCCUAACCGAUAAACGAGAGAACUUCUACAAUUCCAAAGGCAUUGGCUGCUACAUGUUCCGUAUUGAUGAUUAUUAUGUUGUUGAUGCCACUCUAAAAGGCAAUGCUGCAAGAUUCAUCAAUCACUCUUGCGAGCCAAAUUGCUAUUCCAGAAUAGUUGAUAUCCUUGGAAAGAAACACAUCCUUAUUUUCGCUCAGCGCCGAAUACCACAAGGAGAAGAGUUAACGUAUGAUUACAAAUUUCCCCUUGAAGAUGACAAAAUAUCAUGCCAUUGUUUAUCCAGGAAAUGUCGAAAAUAUCUUAAUUAAAAUUUUUCAGUAUAAAUGAAUGGCUUGGAAGCUUCAGAAAUUGUAAAUAAGUGCUCGCGAUGUCCAUAUAUGUAUAAUGUAUCUUGUAAAUGAAAAUUUUAUUUUUUUUAUUUUUAAACUGUAAAGAUACUGUGCAUGUUUAUAUAUGAGAAUUUUAGUAAGCAUGCAUGAUGUAUGUCAUCAAUUGUUAAAAUAUUGGCUGAAUUGCAAAACCGCCCAGCUGUUGGCACAAAAGGUUUCUUGAAUUAGAAUGUAAAUCUUUGUUGGAAUCUUCUCAGAUUUCGGUAAUCGUAAGAAUGUGAGCCAUUAAUGUUUUGCUAACCGAUAGUAAUCACUUCAUCUUUGUAAUAUUAAAGUGUAUCGAGUUUUGCUCUUUGGCCAUUGUUAUACUCAUUGUUGUAAGUUAACCUCGAUUAAUAUGGUUCUAGUCAUGAAAGCAUAAGAUUAAGUUCAGUUUAGGCAUACUUUCUGUUGAAUUAUCUUAACACUUAACACAUCACCGUGACUAUUAUUUAAAAUAAGAGAAGAAAAACUAGCUACUGAAUGAUCCACAAAAUACUUUGCUCAGUUUUAUAAAGCUUAUUUUUUGACUGAAUUUCUAUAGAAGUUAAGUACUGAGGUACGUGGGAUGUAGUUCCUCGCUCUGUGAUGAAGUUAAAUCAUUAAGCCAAGUUUUGAAUGUUUGUUGACACUUCAAAUAAUUUUUCUACAGUGAAUGAAAAUGGUCUAAAAUCGUUUCUAGGUCAAAGUAUAAAAUGAAAUAUGUAUAUUGAGGGAAGUUAAAUGGACAAGGGAGCAGUUGCCUUUUUUUUACCCAGAGCAGAAUCCAUCAUACCUUAAUUGAAAAAAUCGUUUAAAAUUUUGAUAUUAAAAUAUUGAUGUGAAAGUAAUGCAGGUAACUUGAACUUCAGAGAGAAUCUGAGAACCUCUAAAAUCCUAAAUUCUCAUAAUAUAACCUCCCAUUUACUUAAUAAGAUACUCCAAUUUUCCAACAUCUCAAUGCAAUUGUCAUCAUAUAUCAGUGUCUCAUUAUCGUUGGCAUUUGCCUCUUUUGUUCGUUCCUUUAAACGCACCGUUAAGCAUGCUUAACAGUGUUUAACUUAAGCUUUGAGUAGAUUUCUACUCCCUGACCCGACGCGUGGCUUCUCAUGGAAUUUACGCAGUGGAAGGAAGAAAUGUGUGAAGGAAAUCAAUCAGUUAUAGAAAAGAAGACAAAUCUAACAAUUUAUAAUUGAAUUAUUGUGGGUGUCCAUUUUUUGGUAAUAAUUGAAGUGUUUUUUAAUUUUUCGUGACUCUAUUUGGUAUCGUGCGAUUGGAUGUAAAUGUCAGUUGAUUUCUGUCAGUCGAACAGGAAGAAGAGUUCAAUUUUAAAAAGAAUAAAAAGUCCUCUUUUAUUAUGCAUUAUUGAAGAUAUGAUCUUACAAGGAGGGUGUAUGGAAGCAUAGGAGCCUCUCAGUUCAGGAAGUCAAAAGUGUACGUAGGGGAAGCACCUGUGAUGAAAAGAUUCUGUGUGCUGACUUAAAUUUUUUUUCUGUACGGCAUAUGUUUUUUACAUUUUACUUUCUAAAUUUAAAAAUUAAAGAAAGUGCAGUAUUAUGUAUGCAGGAAAGAUUUCCUCUCCCAAGAACAUUAACUAAAAUGUAGACAAACUAUUGUGGCUCAUGAAAUUAUCUUUGGAGCUCCUAAUCCAAUUGAGUGCUUACAUUGAAUUUUCUUAAUUUCUGGUCCUGUUUUUAAUGUUCAGCCAAUUUUUUUUGCUUGUUUGUGGGGAAUCGCUUGAACGGGGAAACCCAGAAAAACCUUGGUUCUCAUAAACUGAUCGAAUGAAUAGUUUCUGAGACUAUCAAAUCAGCUCUGGCUGUGAGUCAAUUGACCUUGCAAUUUCUUAUUUCUCUCACUGCAUUUUAGAAUCAAAAUUAAAGUUACCAGGACAUUUUGGAUGAUGGAAUAAAUUUCAAAAUUCUGUCAUCACUGUCUUUAAUAAUAAGCAACACAAAAUGCAGUGAUUUUUAAGGCAUUUGGGCAUGUGUUUUUCUCUUUAAUGCCAAGUACCGAAAAAAACCAGGUGUUCUAUACUUAAGUUAAUGUUCUUUGUAAAAUUUCACAAACAAGUGUGUAUUUUAUUGAUCUUAGUCUCAAACUUUCCCUACAAUAUACUGGGUCCCACAAUCAAAAUUGCUAAUCAGUAAAAAAAAAAUGCGUCAACAAGAUAGCCGCAAGUUCUUGCUCCGUUGCAAAUCUGGUGUGUCGGAACUGAAGCAAGUGAAUAAAGUAGGCCCUUCACAAAUUUCUCUUUAUUUCAUCCUGUCAAUCCAGGUUUUCAAGCGUUUGCAAAAUUUUUAAGGAGCUAUAUUAACUUGCGUUUCACCUCAGAUCCGAUUGGUAAGAUUCAUGCCAGGGUGAAAAGUGGGAGCUUUCUAGUUUUUCUUCAUUUUGUCAGAUUUUGUUGCAGUUUUAGCUUUGAACUCAGAUUUUUUCAAGAGAGCUUUUGAGGUUGAGAUCAAUAAAAUAAGUUAACUUUUGUCAUAUUUGUGAGAGAAGUUAGUCACCUUUUGAAAACCCCCUUGUAAGAAUUCUGUCACAUGUGAAAUCGUCCCAACUGUUCUUUAUAUCACUAUGUCAUUUGGUACGUAAUAUGCACUUAAUCAAAACCAAAAUUGUAGGCUAACUCUUAUACAUAGUGAGGCAGAGAGUCUUCUGGCUCUGUCUGAAAAUCAGCCAUCUCCUUUAUUGUAAGCUCUAUGAAUUUUGCGAGUUUAUUUUUUGUUGAAGUUUUCCUUUCAUUAUCCCAGUCCUUCACUGUUAAUAUUGAUGGAAAGGAAAGAGAAAGUCACAAGAUAUCCCUAAUUGUGCUUUGCUUCAAUAUUUUUCAAAAAUGAACAGAAAAUUCUUUGGAAAGCCAAACUUUAUUCGGCAGGUUAGAUUCUCUAAAAUCUCAUCGCAAUGGGUCAAACUUUCAUAAUUCUCUAUAUUUUCCUGUUCAUGAAGUUAUGUAGGCACUGAGCCAUAGAAUCUGAUUAAAUUUCAAAUCUCCGUCUCCCCCUCUUAUUUUUUAUUUGUCCUUCAUUUUUAGUAGUGACCGUACCUUUAUUCUCUUACAAUUUUUAUUUUCUCUACUGAUCCAACCUGUGCUUUAUUCCGUUCUUUUAUUUCUCAUUGGUUACGAUGUUCUUUGAAACUGUGAUCACUUAGUUAGUGUGAGAAGUAGGAAACUUACUUUGGAUUAUCUCUAAAUAUUUUUUCAAAGGAUUUCCUCCUUAAAGAUAGAUCAGCGUAAGCAUCCCAAAUAUCUGCUAUACUAUCAUCUUCACCGUAGUAAAUAUUUUGAGUCAAGGACAGUUCUAAGGACUUCUUAAGGUCCUAUUUGUAUCAAAGCUUCCCUCCUCACCUCAUGUAUCUGCUGCUGUUAUAAUUGUUUGAGCACUGCUACGGCCAAGUGUUUUACUAUUUAUUUGACGUCACUGAUCAUAGCUUUCACUGAUAUUGUGAUUUUUAUUUUUUAACUUGUAUACAUAUUUUACUGUCCCUUUUCGUGUAAGUAUUUCAUAAACUAAGAGGGAAAACAAAUAAGAGGAAAAAAGUAAAAUGUAAAUAACUUGUUUAUCUGAAAAAUUUAUCCAAUUUAAUAAGGAAAUUUUUGCAAUGAAUGUGAUCGAAUUUACCUUUCUAAGUGAAAUGAAACUGUUUCUGAUCAUAGAAACGAAAAUAUUCUACAAGAACUCACGGCAGAUUACUGUUAUUGGCUUCUUUCUGGUCAAUGUUUACGCUCUUUAUGUUUCGUAUUUAUGUACCUCGCACUUGAGCUCACAAUUGGUAGUUCAAUGUUUAUGCUUGCCUGCAAGGUAUAUCAUAAGCGAACUUCAAUAAAAUGAAUUUCAUUUUAGGUUCACACAGAUCGGCAAGUUCUAUUGAAAAUUCUACUGCAAAAAUUUGCUUUGUAUCUUUGAAACUGACUCGAAAGAGAUUUUACAGGAAAGUGGUCUCACCUUCUUUCAUUUUCAGAAAUUGUGUCUCCUCUUUUGGCUUGCGCUGAAAUUUUGUUUCCAACUCUCUCAUUAUCUGACUCUCCCUUGAAUCCUUGAGGAAAACAGGAAAGAAAGUAAUGGCUUGCUCAUUGAUUAUCCUACCCGUAGAAUUAAGGAUCUUUCAAGUAAAAUGCGAGUGAGGAACAAGAUUUCAGCGCCCACAAUUGGCUCUCCAUUGAAGAACAAUUUUCCAUGUAAGUCUUUUUCAGGAAAGGAAGGUUUUUGCCGUGCGUUUUUGCUUUCAACCAUGCACAAAGGUCUAAAGUUUGUAACCAAAGUUAAUUCAAGCUAUUAUGUUGUUGUGUUUGAAAUUUAAAAUUAUAUUUCACAAAAUGUUA